AUGUCGUCCGCGUCGGAUAUCACCCAGUUCACGUCCGUCUUCCGUGCUCAGUCUCUGUCCGACGGCCAGCGCAGGGUAACAAAGCGCAACCGUCAACCCGUCUCGUGCUUAGCCUGUCGCGCGCGGAAACUACGAUGCGAUCGCGCACUCCCGUGCGGUGCGUGUGUUAGGCGCGGAGACGAAGGGGCAUGCAAGUUUGGGGCUGCUGCCCCCGCCUCUGCCUCUACUUCUGCUUCUACGUCUGCUUCUGCUUCUGCACCUGCAUCUGCAUCUACACCAUCUACAUCUGCUUCUGUCCCUGCCUCUACGCCAGGCGGCGCUAAUGCUGUUACCGGUGCCGGUUCUAUUACCGUUUCUGGAAGCGAUGCUAUUCCUGUCACUUCUGGUGGAAGCAGUAGGAAUACUCCGAGCCUGAGCAUUCGCGGAAACGGCAAUCUAGCCGCUGCCACUUCAGAUGGAGCUACCCGUCAUCGUGGUGGGAGUGGAGCGGGACAGCAGCCGCGUCCAGAGGUUCACUUCCGACUCCGAAAGCUGGAGGAUAUGGUUCAGGACCUCGUCAGGAGGGGCAUGACUUCAUCCAAAGAACGUGACCGGGACGGCCCCCUAUCAACCCCGGCACCGGCCUCAGGGCCGGGCCCCACCAAGCCCGCCGGGACCGUCAACGCCGUGCCGACACCACCGACGGACUCGGAACCACCCCAGAGCGGAAGCAGCACUGGCGACGACUCCCCAGCCCCGAUCGCUAUCGACGGAGACGACGCCUACUAUGGCGCAACGCACUGGACCGCACUCCUCCACCACAUCCGCGAGAUCAAAACGGCCCUCGAACCGGAUUCUACCGUUGCCCCUGAACCGCCCGAAGGUGGCGCCUGCUCCAUCGGCCCGGACUUCCUCUUCGGCGCCGUCGUGCCCGUCUCCCUGCCGGAGGUUCUCUACAGCCUCCCGCCGCGACAGGAUCUCGAGAAGCUACUCGGCGUCUACUUCAACGCUAGGUUCACCGCCGUGCCCUUCAUCCACGUCGGCCGCUUCCAACGCGAGUACGCCGCUUUCUGGGCCAACCCGGAGUCGAUGAGCUGGCUCUGGAUCAGUAUCUUGUUUUCUAUAAUAUCAAACGCCACCGUCAUCGUCCGCGGCAAGGGCAACGCCGAAGCACUCGGCCUCAACCCCGCAAAGCUCAAAGAGGCCUCGGCGUAUUCAGGCCGCGCGGUGCAGUGCCUCAUCAAGGGCAACUACCUCGCCGCGAGACCCUACUCGGUCGAAGCUACGCUCCUCGUCGCCUACUCCCGUGUACUCGGCAGCCGGGACAUGGACCCGGUCCUCUGGAAUAUGUUCGGCGUCGCCACGCGCCUGGCCCAGCGCCGCGGCUACCACCUCGAGCCCUCGCACCUCUCGGCCCCCAUCACACCCUUUGACGCCGAGAUGCGCCGCCGCGCCUGGUUCUACUGCGAGGCGUUUGAUCUGUUGCUAUCCUUCCAGCUCGGCAUGCCGGCCAUCGUCCACGAGGGCGACAACGACGCCGUCGGGCCCGAGAACCACCCGGACGAAGACUUUGACGAGAAUACGACGACGAUGCCGCCGCCUCGCCCGCCGACGGAAGCCACGCCUGCGCUCUACUACUGCUACAAGUCGAAACUCUGCCGGAUCCUGCGGCGCGUCAUCCGCCACGCCCUAUCCCCCGCGCAGCCCGCCUACGCCGAGACACAGGUCCUCAACGACACCUUGCACGCUUGGCAUGCCGCUCUGCCCGCCGUGCUUCGCGUGAGGCCGAUCCGGGAGACGGGCUUCACGGAGCAGAAUCACACGGUCAUGCAGCGGCUGAUGCUGGAGCUGAUGUAUAGCAAGGCGCUGUGCGUGCUGCACCGGCGGUACCUGAGCAGGGAAAAGGGGUGUUAUAACGGUGACCCGCGCUUCGCUUCGUCGAGGGAGAUUUGUAGGGCCGCGGCGCUGCGGGUGCUGGAUUUGCAUGCCGAGUUUGAUCGGGAGGCGAGCCCGGGGGGUAGGUUGUUUGAGGAUCGGUACAUGUUGAGUAGUUUGACGUUGCAUGACUUUAUGAUUGCCGCCAUGGUUGUUUGUUUGGAUUUGAAUGAGAGUACGGAUACGAGUGACGAAGAUUAUGAACGAAAAAUGGAGGCCCUCAAGACGGCCAGCGAGAUCUGGUCGCGGAGGUCAGACUGCUCCAAGGACGCGAGGCACGCGGCGGCGGUCCUGAGGGCCAUGGUCCAGCGCAUAUCGCGGCAGAGGAAACAGCAAAGCACCGAAGAUAUUACGAGGACGACGACAACGGCAGUAACGGCGGCGAGUACUGUAGGUAGUUUCGAUGACACAUAUCGAGACCCGGGUCUCUUCAGCGAAUCGUUGGCUCUGCACUCUGGGUUUGGAGAUGUUGGUGGCUUGCCUGGUCAGACACCAGGCCAGGGCCGGGGUUUCCUUGGAGAGGGGGCGUAUCAAAGUGACGAGUUUGAUUUUAUGGCGUUGGAUAAUGCUUUGAAUGAUCCUGCUAGCGUGGACUGGAGCAUGUUGGACCAAUACUUGAUGCUAGACCGGGCCGGGGAACUGUCGAUGGAUGUGUCUCUAGAAUGA